GCAGUGGGGUUUCUUCAUAGGAGCAGGAUUGUUCCCUUACCCAUCCUCCCCAUUCUUUUCCAAUCCCCCCCUUCCUGCUCUCCCACAAUUCCUGAAUGUUGGACCUGCCUAUUUUGACUUCCACUGGCAUGACUGACGGCUGGCUAAAUAUGCAGUCAGAGGAAGAAAAAAGUCAGGACUAUAGCAUAAUGGAUUCGGGCAACCUGGAUGACAGCUUGACCAGCCUACAGUGGCUUCAGGAAUUCUCCAUCAUCAAUGCAAACAUGGGCAAGUCAUCCUCUUCCCUAUGCAGUACAGAUCCUCAUGGUUAUCACAAAAUACCUGGCUCGGCUGCACCAUGUUCCCCCCUUGCUGGUGAUCCAGCAUGCAUGGGAAUGCCCCAUACCCCUGGCAAGCCAAUUUCCUCCUCCACAUCCAGGACUGCACAUCUACAAGGCCAGCCACUAGAAAACAUAGAUUACAAGACCAACCCUCAUGUGAAACCUCCUUACUCUUAUGCUACCCUCAUCUGCAUGGCAAUGGAAGCAAGCAAGAAAACAAAGAUCACCCUCUCAGACAUCUAUAAAUGGAUUACUGAUAAUUUCUGCUAUUUCCGGCAUGCUGACCCUACAUGGCAGGUAGGUGACUAGGAAAAUUCC